UAUGGCGGACAAAAAUAAUUGCAUUGUUUGCGGUAAGAAAGAAAUGAUUAUGAAACGUUGUGGAAGAUGUCAAUCGAUUUUUUACUGUUCUAUAGAGUGUCAGCGAUCUGACUGGGGGAAACACAGAAACAAUUGCUCCAUUACUAAAACUCCAGAUUUGGUGGAUGGUAAAAUGACUCAAGCAACGAAAGUAGACAAAAUAUUUGAUACCACAGAAAAAGCAACUGAAUGCAAAACCACUGUCACUGACUGUAAAUUCAGAGAAUCAGAGGAAGAUCCAGAUACUAUUAAAAAAUUUGUAUAUUCACCGACAAAUUCUCAAGUCAACUCAUCACAAAAUCCUGCUAAGAGUAUACCUAGUCAUUCAAUCGAUAUCAAUACAAAUAUUCUAAAACAAGAUUCAUCGACUAGUGGUUAUAAAUUAGAAAAUACAUGUAUGUCACAUGUGCCAACCAACUCGCAUGAUAACGUAUCAAAAGUCGUUGUGUACAUUAAGCAUGCAAAGGAAAAGCAUAAACUCGAAAUCGAAUUACCUUGCACUGGCCUGCAAGCGCUCAAACACUUCUCUCGUGUCGUCCAUGUUCCCUUGGAAAGAUUAAAAAUAAUACACAAAGGCAAAUUGCAAACUGAAUUGACGAUUGCGGACAAAUUGAAACCAAGCUCAGUUUUCCUCGCGUUUGGUGAAAGGGCUGAAAGUGAAGAGGGUUUGGAAGCCGCAGAUAUUGAUCUUAUCAUGAAGCAGUUGUCUGUGCAAAGGAACGUUGCUAUUAGAGCGUUGCGAAAAACAAAUUGCCUCAUUGACGCGAUAUUUGAAAUAGGCAACGACAUAAAGAAAAAAUCGCACGAAAAUAUGAAUGGACCUUUAGAGGGAGACAAAUGAAAAAGCGAAACGGAAUU